AUGCUGGACAGCACCACCCCUGAAAAGCAGCUCCCCUGUUUUACCCAGAGAGCCAUCCAGAACCUCCUGGAAAAGGUUCUGGAUAGCUAUCGGAACUACGCGGAGCCCCUUCAGCUGCUCCUGGCCAAAGUCAUGCGCUUUGAACGGUCACAUGGGGUCCUGUCCCAGCAAUUCGUGGAGCUCAUCAACAAGUGCAAUUCAAUGCAGUCCGAAUACCGGGAGAAGAACGUGGAGCGGAUCCGGAGGCAGCUGAAGAUCACCAAUGCUGGGAUGGUAUCUGACGAGGAGCUGGAGCAGAUGCUGGAUAGUGGGCAGAGCGAGGUGUUUGUGUCCAAUAUCCUGAAGGACACACAGGUGACUCGACAGGCCUUAAAUGAGAUCUCCGCCCGGCACAGUGAGAUCCAGCAGCUUGAACGCAGUAUUCGUGAGUUGCAUGAUAUCUUCACUUUUCUGGCUUCUGAAGUGGAGAUGCAGGGGGAGAUGAUCAAUCGGAUUGAGAAGAACAUCCUAAGCUCAGCGGACUACGUGGAACGCGGGCAGGAGCACGUCAAGACAGCCCUGGAGAACCAGAAGAAGGCGAGGAAGAAGAAAGUCUUGAUUGCCAUCUGUGUGUCCAUCACCGUCGUCCUCCUAGCAGUCAUCAUUGGCGUCACAGUGGUUGGAUAAUGUCACGCAUUGUUGGCACUAGGAGCACCAGGGACCCAGGGCCUGGCCUUCUCUCCCAGCAGCCUGGGGGGCAGGGCAGAGCCUCCAGCCGGACCCCUUCCUCACACUGGCCCCUAUGCAGAAGGGCAGACAGUUCUGGGGUUGGCAGCUGCUCAUUCAUGGUGGCCUCCUCCUUCAGGCCUCAAUGCCUGGGGGAGGCCCGCACUGUCCUGAUUGGUCGGGACACACAGUUUUGUAAAAAAUUAAAAAACAAAAAAAGAGCGUA